GAGAGAGAUGAAAAGCACCCCCAGACAGGACAGGGGGGUGGGGUGGGGGGGGAUAUGGCACAGUUGUUUCCAAUACACAGUUACGGCGCUAGAGCGCCAAGAGCGCGCAGGCUGCCGUGCGUAAAGGCACUUGGAGCGCACGGGGCGGAUCCCGGGCGCCCCCCGCGCUGUAACUCGGGGGAGGGACACGGCGCCAGGAUGGCCCUGAUCCCCAUUCCCGGGGGGGCUCUGGGCUGUAAGCUCCAGCUCAUCCGGGGGUCCCCAUUUCCCGGUUCCGCCAGGGUUGCGGAAUGAGCCGUUCGGACGUUCAGAGGGGACGUGCCCCGGGGGGACCCGGACUGAGGCGUGGCCAGAGAGCUCGUCGCUGGGCCCAGGAGAGGGAUAACAGAAUCGGAAGCUAUGACACAGCCCUCCUGUGACCGGAACCUCCGGCUGUGGGUGUCGCUGUGUGGCCUCUUUGGGAGCCUCCGGGGGACGUUGGUGACCAGGAAUUCGCGGCCCAAUAUUGUCCUCUUGAUGGCGGAUGACCUGGGGAUUGGGGAUCUAUGUUGCUAUGGCAACAACACAGUCAGCACCCCCAACAUCGACCGCCUGGCCAGGGAGGGAGUGAUGCUCACCCAACACCUGGCUGCUGCCUCCAUGUGCACCCCAAGUCGGGCUGCCUUCCUGACCGGCCGCUACCCCAUUCGAUCAGGGAUGGCGUCGGCCUUCAACAUGCACCGUGGCCUCCUCUGGCUGGGGGGCUCCGGCGGCCUCCCCACCAAUGAGACGACGUUCGCCAAGCUCCUGCAAGACCGCGGCUACCGCACAGGACUCAUAGGAAAGUGGCACCAGGGCCUGAGCUGCGCCUCCCGGGGCGACCACUGCUACCACCCCCUGAACCACGGGUUCGACUACUUCUACGGGAUGCCCUUCGGCCUCCUGAGCGACUGCCGGGCGUCCGAGACCCCCGAGCUGCACCGCCAGCUGAGGAUCACGCUGGGCGUCUCCACGGCCGCCCUGGCCCUGGUCCCCGUCCUGCUGCUCAUCCCCACCUGCGCCCGCUGGUUCGUGGUGCCCUGGGGGCUCAUCCUGGCCAUCGCCCUCCUGGUGCUGCUGUUCUUUCUGGGCUGGUACUCCAGCUAUGGGUUCAUCCGGCGCUGGAACUGUGUGCUCAUGCGGAACCACGACAUCAUGCAGCAGCCCGUGAGGGAGGAGCGGGUGUCGGCGCUGCUGCUCAGGGAGGCGCUGGCCUUCGUCCGCAGGAAUAUGGGGGGACCGUUCCUCCUGUUUGUGUCUUUUCUGCACGUCCACACGCCGCUGAUCACCAAGGAGACGUUUGUGGGGCACAGCAAGUACGGUCGCUAUGGCGACAACGUGGAGGAAAUGGAUUGGAUGGUGGGUAAGAUCCUGGAGGUCCUGGACCAGGAGGGCCUGGCCAACCACACACUGGUGUACUUCACCUCGGACCACGGGGGCAGCCUGGAGGCGCAGGCGCGCGGGGCGCAGCUGGGCGGCUGGAACGGGGUCUACAAAGGCGGGAAAGGGAUGGGCGGAUGGGAAGGGGGCAUCCGCGUCCCCGGAAUAUUCCGCUGGCCGGCCGUGCUGGAGGCUGGGAGAGUUGUUGACGAGCCCACCAGCCUCAUGGACAUCUACCCAACGCUGUCUUAUGUCGCUGGAGGGAUUUUGCCCGUGGACAGAGUGAUCGACGGCCAGAACCUGAUGCCAUUGCUGGAGGGCCGGGAGCGCCACUCGAACCACGAGUUCCUCUUCCACUACUGUGGGGUGUACCUGCACGCCGUCAGGUGGCACCAGAAGGACUGUGGCACCGUGUGGAAGGUUCAUUACGUGACGCCCAAGUUUUCGCCGGCGGGAGCCGGCGCCUGCUAUGCCCGUGGGAUCUGCUCCUGCACCGGAGACGUCACCUACCACGACCCUCCCCUGCUCUUCGAUAUCUCGCGAGACCCCUCCGAGAGCCAACCUCUCUGCCCGGACAACGAGGCGUUAUUUGAGUCCGUGGUCCAGAAGGUCGAGGAGGCCGUCCACGGGCACCGCCGCACGCUCGCCCCGGCCCCCCAGCAGCUGUCCGUGUUCAACUCCCUCUGGAAGCCGUGGCUGCAGCCCUGCUGUGGGAGCUUCCCCCUCUGUGGGUGCGACCAGGAAGACGACAUGGAACCCAGUGUGUGAGGGGCAGACUGGGGAUGCUUGUUACCAAGCGGCAACGCGCUGUUGCCAAGGUCGCGGGAGCCGUGCUCGGCUGACUCGCUCGAUCCGUUUGAAAUCGAGGGUGAUGCCCUAGCCCUGGCUGGUGUGGCUCAGUGGAUAGAGCGUCGGCCUGAGGGCCAAAAGGGUCUGGGGUUCGAUUCCGGUCAAGGCCACUUGCCUCGGUGGCAGGCUCAGGCUCUGGUCGUGGCGUGUGCAGAAGGCAACCAGCCAAUGUGUUCCUCUCACAUCGACGGUUCUCUCUGUCUCUCCCUCUCUCUUCCACUCUCUCUAAAAAAAUCAAUGGAAAAAAUAUCCUCAGAUGAGGGUAAAAACAAAUAAAUUUAUAAUAAUAAUAAAAGUGUCAUAUGCUAAUUAGACCGGCAGCCGAACGGCCUUCUGGACGCCAUUCCGGACGUCAUUCUGGACGAAGCUGCAGUGGUGGGGGCUGAGGCAGGGGCAGUUAGGGGCGAUCA